UAAGAUUCUGGCUAAUGCAUUUAUGAUUAUAGUAACAUAACAUAGCGAGACAUGGGAAAGUUGUGAGUUGUAAAUAUUUGCGAAUGAGAAAAAUGUGUUCGAUUUUAUCUGGAACAACUGAUCGUGGAUUUUGUUCUGAAGACGAAUUUUCUUGUAGGAAUGGCAAGUGUAUUCUUUUAGAGGACCGAUGCAAUGAUCGACAAGAGUGCAAUGAUGGAAUUGAUGAAACGGAAUGUUCGAUCGGAUGUAAUGACGGACAGUUUAGCUGUGCCAGUGGGCGAUGCAUUUCAAAAAGUCUUGUUUGUGACGGCACAAAAUCCUGCGGAGAUUUUUCAGAUGAACUUUCAUGUCCAGAUAUUGAAAAACGAAGAAAUUGUAGACUAGAUGAGUAUUCCUGUGAGGAUGGAACGUGUGUAAAUAUCUGGAGGAAAUGUGAUGGCGUAAAAGACUGUCGCAAUGGUUUAGACGAAGGAUGCUUGUGUGGUGCUGGCUAUUUCCAGUGUAAUGAUGGGACAUGCAUUUCGAGCUCAUGGACAUGUGACGGCGAUGAUGAUUGUAGUGAUAUGUCAGAUGAAGUUCCAUGUGAAAGUUUGUUUCUUUUAUUCUCUUAG